AUGAAAAUCUUCCCUAUACUCUCCGCAUUCAUAGGCUUUGCGUUUGCGUCUACUUUGGCGCAAGUCAAUGCUGAUGUAUCUAGCCUUUCCGCGUUUGCUACAACCUACGAUAAUGACAUUAUAGCUCUUCCGGCGAGCUCUCCGUCGCCUAGCAGCCUUAUGGUCAGGACAUUGCAUGCUCUGUUCCAGCCCGAAUUCGGUUGA